AUGAGAGAAGGCUUCAUCAUAUCCAGCCAGUAUCCAGUACCGGGGUCCUUCCAGUGUCACCCAGUACCGGGAUCUUACCAGUGUCACCCAGCACCAGGGACCUACCAGUGUCACCCAGCACCAGGGACCUACCAGUGUCACCCAGCACCAGGGACCUACCAGUGUCACCCAGCACCAGGGACCUACCAGUGUCACCCAGCACCAGGACUCCCAGUGCACACACCAGGGACCUACCAGUGUCAGCACCAGGGACCCACUAGUGUCACCCACCCAGCACCAGGGACCCACCAGUGCCACCCAGCACACCAGGGACCUACCAGUGUCACCCAGCACCAGGAACUACCAGGGCACUACCAGUGCCACCCAGCACAGGGACCUACCUGUGUUACCCAGCACCAGGGACCUACCAGUGUCACCCAGCACCAGGGACCUACCCACCCAGCACCAGGGACCUACCUGCCACCCAGCACCAGGGACCCACCAGUACACCUACCAGUGUCACUAGACCUGGCCUACCAGUGUCACCCAGCACCAGGGACCUGUAGUGUCAGCACCAGGGACCUACCAGUGCCACCCACUAGGGACAGUGCCCAGCACCAGGGACCUGUGGCACCAGCCAGCCCAGCACCAGGGACUCUAACAGUGUCACCCAGCACCAGGACCUACCAGUGCUACCAGUGCCACCCAGCACUGUCACCCAGUACCGGGGACCUACCAGUGCCUACCAGGUCACCCAGCACCAGGGGACCUACCAAGCACCAGGGACUCACUAGCACCCAGCAAUCAGGACAGCACCAGGGACCUCACCCAGGGGACUCAGUGUGUCACCUGGCACCAGCACCUACCAGUGGUUUCACCAGCACCAGGACCUACCAGUGUCAGCAUAGUGCACCCAGCACCAGGGACCUACCAGUGCCACCUCCAGCAACCUACCAGUGUCACCCAGCACCAGGGACCUACCAGCCACUCCAGCACCAGGGACCCACCAGUGUCACCCAGCACCAGGGACCACAUGGCAGCACCAGUGGGACCUACCAGUGUCACCCAGCACCAGGACCCUGUGUCACCAGCACCAGGACCUACCAGUGCCACCCCCAGCACCCUACUAUGUCACCCAGCACCAGGGACCUUCCAGUGUCACCCAGCACCAGGGACUCCACUCCAGUGGGGCACCCAGCACCAGGGACCUACCAGUGUCACCCAGCACCAGGGACCUACCAGUGCCACCAGGGACCUACCAGUGUCACCCAGCACCAGGACCUACCAGCAUCAGUCACCCAGCACCCUAGGACCUGUCCACCCAGCACCAGGGACCCACCUCCAGCACCAGGGACCUACCAGUGUCACCCAGCACUGGGACCCACCAGUGCCUGUGUCACCCAGCACCAGGGACCCAGUACCCAGCACCAGGGACCUACCCUACCAGUGUCACCCAGCACCAGGGACCUACUGAAACAAUGUACCCAGCACCAGGGGACCUACCUGUGUCACCCACCAGGGACACCAGGGACCAACCAGCCUACCAGUGCCACCCAGCACCAGGGACCUAGUGCCACAGCACCAGGGACUGUCACCCAGCACCACCAGGGACCCACCCAGUGCCACCCAGCACCAGGGACACCAGCGUCACCCAGCACCAGGGACCUACCAGUGCCACCUCCAGCACCAGGACUGGACCUACCAGGUCACCCAGCACCAGGGACAGUGUCACCCAGCACCAGGGACCCCAGUUACCCAGCACCAGCCUACCAGUGCACCCAGCACCAGGGACCUACCAGUGUCACCCAGCACCAGACCCACCAGUGCCACCCAGCACCAGGGACAGUGUCACCACCAGGGGACCCACCAGUGUCACCAGGGACCUUGUCACCCAGGGGACCUACCAGUGUCACCCAGACCAGCCUACCAGUGCCACCCAGCACCAGGGACUCCACCAGUGUCACCCAGCACCAGGGACACCAGUGUCACCCAGGGACCUACCAGUGUCACCCAGCACCAGGGACUGUGUCACCCAGCACCAGGGACUCAGUGCCCAGCACCAGGGACUACCAGCACCCAGCACCAGGGACUACCAGUGUCACCCACACCAGGGACCUAACCAGUGUCACCCAGCACCAGGGACCUACCAGUGUCACCCAGCACCAGGACCUACCAGUGUCACCCUACCAGUGUCACUCUACCAGGGACUCACCAGGUGCACCCAGCACCAGGGACCUACCAGUGCCACCCAGCACUAGGACCUACCAGUGUCACCCAGCACCAGGGACUCACCCAGCACCAGGAGCAGUGUCACCCAGCACCAGGGACCUCACCAGUAGUCACCCAGCACCAGGGACUUACCAGAAAGACCAGGGACCUACCAGUGUCACCCAACACCAGGGACACCAGUGCACCAGACCUCAGUCACCCAGCACCAGGGACCUACCAGUGUCACUCACCCAGCACUACCUGUGUCACCCAGCACCAGGGACCCACUAG